CAUAUUUUUUUUUUUUUUUUUUGAUUCCCAUGGAUCCACCAUUGAUAGAUUUAAUGCCAGAUGAUAUCAAUACUCGUCAGAAAGAUAUCAAUACCGGAAGUACCACCACUUCCAAUAAUAUUGACAAUCUGUAUAACGAAGAUGACGGUGUAGCUGCCCCUGAUGACUUAUUUACCACUCCAGCUUCUACUCAUGAUAUCAAUGUAGAUACUCCUUUGACAGAUAAUGACUUGGAUUCUACUGAUACUGAAGAAGGUAACGACCAAGACACUGAAGAAACGGAGGAAGAAGGUGACGCUGAAGAAGAAACAGAAGGUGACGAAGACACUGAAGUAAUGGAUGAUAGCACUUAUGAAAAUUUGCCAACAGAAGAUAAAUUGGAACUGAUGGGACAAGGUUUAGAUGAGGACGCGCUACUGGACAACAAGGUGACGGAAUUGCUAGAAGAAGAAGACGGCCCCUUGACCUCCUCUGAUACGAAAGAUGAAGAAGAACAAGAAGAUGCACCUGUAGAAGAAACAUGGGAUAUGGAAGGUGAUGAUCAAGUGGAGGAAGGACAUGCUAGUGUAGAUGAAUCAUUAGAAGCUGGCGACAAUGUCAAUACGUCUUUCGAUGAAGAACAAAAAGAAAAACUGGAUGAUAUGGAAUCACCUUGGAUCAAUGAAGAUGGCAGUGAUCAAGAAGCUGAAAUUCAAGAACAGGACGAAGAAGAUGUUGUAGAACAAGGAACGGUGGAAGAAGUCGAUACUGGCCAUUUGGAAAGUACAUUGGAACAAGCUCUAGAUGCAUUGAAGGAAGAGGAACAAUCAUCACCAUAUAUCCAAGACAAUAAUACAAAUUUGAUUGGUGGUGAUAUUCUUGAUGAUGGAUUACUUCAAACCAAUCAUACACUCGAUCCAACAACCUCGCAUGAACAACAAAGUACAGCUAUAAUUGUUGGUCCAGAAAAUGGUGAUAUGAUGGAUAUUUCUUUAUUGUUAUUUGUCGCUGUCUGUAUACUUAUUUGUUUUAGACUUCCCCACGUCAAGCGUUUCUUCACCAAGUUACUUAAAAAACAAGAUGCCUCCUCUUCUACACUUCCGUACCAUACCACUUACAACAAGGAACAAGAUUGAUAACCCAGAAUCAUCUCUUUCGCCCUGUUUUUUUUAAUAACAACACAAACAUAUACACCUCAUAUAUAUAUUACUAUCAUACUUAUUAUUAUCAUCUAUUUAUUUACAUUGUAUUUCUGACUAUUCUAUAAUAAAAAAAAAAGAUAUCA